UUUCGAUUCUCCUCAGAGCGGUGGAGAAGUGAACACGUAUGGAGGUCGCUAGUUCGCUACGCAGGAGUGUGUGGGCGUCAUGUUAAAUGCUCGAUGAGUCAUGCCAACGCGGAAAAGAGCAAGAAGGAAGACGUUGAGUUUCUAGUGGAGUCCUUUUCUGUCUAAUCAACCACCACAAAUUAAUCACAUCAAAUGUCUCACUUUAGAAAGAGAGAUUGGAAACCAGAUCAUGUCAUCAUGCAGGAGAAUCCACACAUUUUGCGUACCCACGAAGCUAUGGUGGACCUGAUACAUGGACGAGCCACUAAACACACCUUUAUGGAUGCCUUUAACUAUGGCCUGUUAGGUCUUGAUAUUGUCAACCCCUUCGUGGGUGACUAUAUUGACGAUGAAUACGACGAUGACAGCGACUAUUAUGAUGACAAAAAACACAAAGAUAAAAAAGCCUAUUGCGGAUUUACACACAAUUUUUUAGGGCAUAGUAUUUCAAAGCUACCCUUAACCCCCCAUCCAUGUAUAAGACAACUCACUCCUGAGGAGGCUGAAAAAAACGCCAGGGAACUUAUAGAAGAAGAGGACAAACUAAAAGAAAAAGCAGAAAAGAAAAGACUUAAAAAAAAGCGACAGAAGGAGAGGAAACGUGCAGGGAAAGAUAAAGAGGCUGAGAACCGAGGGCCAGGGAGGUCCAGCCGCUCAGAGAAUCAGGGAGGAGAUUUAAACAUUGAGAGAGAGCAGCAGGAGGAGGAGAAGGAGUUUACAGAGGAGGGCCUUGGUCCGGGACCUGGUGGUACUACAGCCUGCAGCAGGCAGCAGGAGGCGCACGAUUCUCCUUUGGAGGAGACCUGUGGUAGCAGUAAUGAGGACCAGGAGGACGUGAGAGACGAGGGAUUAGCCAGGGAGCCAGAGGAGUUGGUUAUGAGUAGCUGCUUCAUCUCUACGGCUGCUUGUAUUGCUAAACGACAACUAGAGCAGAACCCCAAACCAGAGAAGAAAAUGAUUAUCCAGGAGCCAGUUGUGGAACGGCAGCAGGAGAAGGAACGGCAGCAGGAGAAGGAACGGCAGCAGGAGAAGGAACGGCAGCAGGAGAAGGAACGGCAGCAGGAGAAGGAACAGCAGCAGGAGAAGGAACGGCAGCAGGAGAAGGAACGGCAGCAGGAGAAGGAACGGCAGGAGGUUAUAGUCAGGAAAAAGGAGAAAAAGGCGGAGGCCAAUGUUGACGAUAUUCUUAAAAGAAGCACAGAGCUCGCCCUCAUAGGAAACCAGUUCGCAGCCUGUGGCCAGUUGGAAAUGGCAGUCAAGUAUUUCACUGACGCUAUUAAACACAAUCCUACAGAAUUUAAGCUGUUUGGGAACCGGUCCUUUUGUUAUGAGAAGAUGCAGCAGUAUGAUCGGGCCUUGAGUGAUGCCAAUCUGGCCCUGUCCAUGGAGCCUGGUUGGAUUAAAGGACUAUACAGGAAGGGGAAGGCUCUGUCUGGACUCAAGAGGUACUUUGAGGCAUGCCAGACCUAUAAGGAGGUAUUAAAGCAGGACAGUUUGUGUUCAGAUGCUGCUCAGGAGUUGGUGCAGGUUCAGAUCAUGAUGCUGAUGGAAAUGGGAUUUACGCGUGAGCAGAGCUCUGAUGCGCUGAUUGCCCAUGGAGACUUUGAGAAGGCGCUUAAUGUCCUGUCUGGUAUUGAAGAUGAAUAUGGUAGUAAUGACUUUCCUGCGGCUGCCACCUUCACAGAGGACAGUGCGACGUGGGAGGGAGUGGGCCCCAGGCCUAAACCUCACCUCCAAACAAGACCUAAACCCAGAUCCACUACCCCAGGCCCUAAACCCAGAUCCACUACCCCAGGCCCGGAACGCAGAUCCCCUAUCCCAGGCCCUGUACACCACGUUGCACCGGGAGGGAGCACAAGCAAUCUCUUUCCUGUAUAUGUUGGCUGCUUGGCGCCCAACACAACACAACCAAUGCUACACAGCCUCUUCAGCAGUGCUGGGACUAUCCACAGUAUCAAGAUCCUCCGCUCUUCCAACUGUGCGUUUAUCAACUACCACAACAUGGACCACUGUGAGAAAGCCAUCAGGACUCUACAUGGUGAGGUGUUGAACGGAGUGAUGCUGGCUGUCCGUCACCCUGAUAAAGUGAUGCAGAAGAAACUGGGCUUGUCCCAAUUAGCUUUUACCUUCACCAACGCACCAGAGAAGAGUCAGGAGUGUUACUUCUGGAGAACCACAGGCUGUGUCCGAUACAAUACCUGCAUCUUCAGACACGUGCCACAACACAAGGGCAUCGACAGGGACAAGGUCAACAAGUGAACAGCAGACAACCACACACCAAUAACAACACCAAUAACAACACCAAUAACCUGGUUCUGGAACCUGGAUCAAUUCGUUUCCCCAGCUUACUUUUCUAAUAUGCUUUAAAAAAAAUCGAAUAAAAAGUUAUAUAUAUAUAGACUUAAAAUCCAUAAGCUAUAAUUGACUCAACAACCAAUAAACAAAUGUAGCUUUCUUAAUCAACUAGAUAAUGUAGUUAUAUGUUGCUGCUGUUUUUCAAAGUUAGCUGGCUAAUUUGCUAAUCCUGUUUUCUGGAAUUACACACCGCUGGGACAGAAUCACGGCUUCUAUAUAGCACCUUAUCAACGGAAACCUGUACUGACAUGUUCUCAUUCACUUUAUAUUGGAGAAAGUCUUGAUAUAUUGAUUGCCUGUUGCCUGUAUGGAUGUCUAUUGUGAAACUACAUGUCUCUCGUCACAACAUUAGUCUUCAUCAGGGACACGGGGAGUUAUGUAGACAUUCGUUAUGGAAGACGGACUAGUUUGUUUUUCCUAUUAUUUUUGUUUUUCACUAGCUAGGUUUCCAUCCAAUUGGUGACAAGAUUUUCAUGCGAAGAUUCUAAAAAUCUGCAUUAAAAACAAAACAUUUUCCCACCAGUGAUGCAUUUCCAUCAAACGAACUAGUUGCAGAUAACGGGGCUGUGCGUGUUUACAUAGUGCGCAUGAAAAUACUUCUUGAGAUUUUUACAUUUCUUUCAACAACAAAAGGUUUCUGUUAUUUUGCGUGUGCUGUUGGUACGUGCGCUCUAGCCGACAGCCGGCAGUGUGCAGAUACAGGGCUGCUGGCUGGAGCGCACGUAUAGCCUACAUGAAAUUUAUUAUUAUUAUGGACAAAAGAUAAUCAUUUUAUUUGUCAGACGGCGUUCGAGCGUCAUGUCAGCGGAAUGAGACCCUCGAUAUUUCUUGGAAAGGAAGCAUCAAGCUCCGUGCACUUUCACCACCCUGUGAAGUUCAUCGUAACUUAUUUCAUUAGUUUAAUAACAUGUCUGGGUUCCCAUUGAGUCGUAGUGGGAGGACCACACAACUGUGACUCCCCAGUUAACUUAGAGAAAUUAUGGUUUAUUAUAUCAAUAUUUGCUCAUAAAGUCCGACUGGUUUCAUGUUUUGUCGACAUUUGGAAAGUUUGUUUACAUCAGACCUGUCGUGACUUUUUUUGUUUGUAUUUUACUCGCAUGAAAAGGUUGGAUGGAAACCUGGUUACAAAUCUGGUUGAAUCAACAGGUUUCCUUGAUGUGGUGUUACCAGGAAUGGUCUUGGGUGUUUUCCAUUAGUUCCAUGUGUAUAAUAAAUUGAGAGGAGCUUUGUUAAAUUGUGUUGUGUUUAGUUAGUGUCUGUUUUCACAUCAAAAGUGGACCACUUUUAUUUUAUAAAGACUUCAUUUUGGGACCAAAAGAAGUGUAUUAAUGUAUAAUAAAGAGAAUACGCCAAAGGUAGAACUGGUUGGACGAUGGGAACACAACUAAACUAGCUGAAAACCAUAAUACACAGUGAUUCUAUUGUCAUUUCAAUACUGUUAUUGUCCACCAGAUGGCAGUGUUUAGUAGUUUAACCUCAUUUCAAUACUGUUAUUGUCCACCAGAUGGCAGUGUUUAGUAGUUUAACCUCGGUCUCCUGUUCUACCCACGGCUGCCUGCAAAAUAGGUUUUCUGAACACUUCAUUUGCUAUCCGUUGACAUGACUUUACCUACUUUGAUCUGAAUGGCAUACUUGUCUCUAAUAAUGGCAUACGUGUUUCUAUGUUUCAAGUCUUUUGGUUACAGACACAUUCCAUUAAUCAUUAAAUUGAUCUUUCAGA